CUGGCAGACAGUGUGUUGAUUAUGUGCGCAAGGGAGGAUUUUAUUUUGGUCAUUUUUGUCCAGAACUGAACUUUGAGUCAUGUCAGACAUAACCCAAUCGUCUGGAGUAGUUAGCGAACGAGAUGGGUCAGAAUUCGAGCAGCAAUAACCAUUCAAAUAGCAGAGCUGGAUCAGGACGUAGCCAGGAUCGGCUGACGGGAGUGGCAUUAACACCUCCAGGUAUUGUGAGCAAUAGUAACAGUCCAACAUCCACGUCAUAUAAUGCUAAUGAACCAUUGAAAUUUCAUGGUCUGCAUGGAAGUAACGUAGUUCUGUCACCUGAUGGAAAAUCAGCACGACGGUCAGGGAGUUUCUGUAAUGCGAUUGUCUUCACGAACAGACCGGUGAAAUGCAUGGAGAAAGUGUCUAUCAAAUUUACGGACACCACUGGGAAUUGGAGUGGUGUGAUACGUUUUGGGUUCACCUCCCGUAGUCCUGUGGAACUCGGCACAGCACCCUCGCUACCACGUUAUGCAUGCCCUGAUCUAACCAGCAGGCCUGGCUUUUGGGCCAAGGCAUUAGGGGAAAGCUAUGCAGAUAAGAAUAACGUGCUGAGUUUUUGGGUCAAUAGACAAGGUGAAGUUAUGUAUUCUGUUAAUAAUGAUAACAAAGGAGUUUUCUUCAAUGAUGUGGAGACAAAUGAACCAUUAUGGGGCUUGAUGGAUAUUUAUGGUAACACAGUAGAGGUGCGAUUGACAGAGUGUGCUGAAACUGAGCCAACAAGAGCCCCAAUUCUGGAUCCUCCUAGUGACUUUCCGGUACCGUUACCACAGAUCCUACCUUCGCCUGUAGUUGACUUGGACACUGACAGCUCACAGAGUAGCUUUGGAUCACUUCUACAUUCGAAUGAUAGUCUAGCAAGUGGCGAAGGUUUAGUUUCUCGUAUUAUUCCAGGAAUAUUACCCGUGCCCUUUCAUGAGAUCUGUGGUCUAAACGUACUUUUGAAUCCAAGUAAAAUCCAAGCACGGAGAAUAGAUGGGGAGUUUCAAAAUGGUUUAGUCUUCCUAAGUCAACCAGUACAUGCCGGUGAACUUGUCGUUAUUGAAGUUUUAGAAACCACACCUAGGUACUUGGGUUGCUUGGCAGUUGGUGUGACAUCCUGUGAUCCGGCUGUUUUGACACCGUCGAUGCUACCAGAGGACUCGGAGGAUCUGUAUGAUCGACAGGAGUACUGGGCACUUAGUAGAGAUAUAGCAUUGCCAGAUAGUGGGGACCAAUUAAGUUUUAUUAUAAACCCUGACGGGGAAGUACAUUAUCAUGAAAACGGAAUACAUCGACGUGUUCUCAUGCAUGUGGAUAUUUCUCAGCCACUUUGGAUGCUCUUCGACGUCUAUGGAAGUACUCAAAAAAUCAAAAUUUUAGGCAUUGUACCAGUGAAUUCUGCUACCACUCCGACGACAAGCAUACGUACAAAUUCUGCAGUUUUGGAAAAUUCCCUAAAUAUACCAACGUUCCUUGAUUUAAAUAUAAGCCCACUUCUACCGCGGAGAAUCGGUAAUAUUCCGGAUAGUGCCGGCCAGGAUUUACAUGAUAGUGUGUCCGGUUUAGUUGGAACUGGUGCUAGCAGCGGUACAGCUGUGGGAAAUUCUGGUGUUCCAAAGAGCGGGGAAGAGUGUGUGAUCUGUUAUGAUAGACCGGUUGAUUCAGUCAUUUACACCUGUGGACACAUGUGUCUAUGUCACCCAUGUGGUGUCAAACUCAAACAGCAGGCAGGGGCUGUCUGUCCCAUCUGUCGAUCAAUCCUACGAGAUGUCAUAAAAACGUACAAGGCAUGAGAAUUGAGCAAUUUUAACAGAAAUUGUUGUUACCAUGAUGUUGAGAAUACCAUUUCUGCUUGAGAUUUGAGACUACACGCAACAGUCUAUUAAUAUCAUGCAGAAGUAUAUUCUGUAUUCAUAACUUGUUAUUCAGAAAAACACACAGCCAUUCAUAUAGACAUCUAUGGCAUCACUACUUUUAUAUAAUAACCAUGAAUCUUCAUAGACUUGUAGAAAUUGAUGGAACAGCAAUAUAGAUACCAAGAGGUAUAUUGUGAGAAUGUCAUCCUAUGAUCAGCACUUUCAGAAAUGACAGUAUCUUUCCUUCAACUUUCAACUGACUCUGAGCUGGCCAAAUUGCUAUCCUAUUCAUUAGAGCUAAGGGUAUCCUGAUGUAGUUUAAUUUUGUUGUAAUAUGUGGAUUUUUGACACACACCUAGCUUAUAGUUCAUGUAACAAAUCAAUGCCAUUCAAGCCUCUCUAAAACUACUUUGCCUUCUUAAUCUCAGGGCGUGUGCAGAUAUAUAAAAAUAAAGAGCCCAGAUGGACUUACCCACUCUUGAACCAUAUCUCUGUCUAGAAUCACAAUUUUAAUAAAAAAAACAACAAGUCAUUAUUUAUGAUUUGACGCAUU